AGCAGUAACAGCAGCACUAACAACAGCAGUAACAUCAGCACUAACAACAGCAGUAACAGCAGCACUAACAACAGCAGUAGCAGCAUCGGCAUUAGUGUCAACAGCAGGAAGAGCACAAACAUCAGCAGCGUUCACGGCGGGAGCAUCAGCGUCAGGAUCCGAGCGAACCGGUCUGGCGAGCUGGUGUGUGUAAGAGAGGUGGGGGAGUGGGCGCGCUCUCACGCAUCACCGAGGGGCCCUCUACCGCAGUUGAACACGCGGCGAGGACAACGUGCGGAUUGUUCCGGGACGCCGGGCGCGGAUUAAAGAGGCAGCACCAGUCGAGAAUGGCGCCUGCGGAGCUCCCGGCAUGGGAACAUGGAUCUCUACGCCGCGAGUAGCCAAGUCCACCGCUCCGCCCGUGACGGUGGGGUACGGGCGGGUCGGCGCGCGAUGAUCGACUGGAGCUGCCUGAGCGAGGAGGAGAGGGAAUCCAUCCAGCGGGUCCUGGAGCGCGACGCCAAACUGCGGCAGAGGGAGUCCAGCCGACUCAGGAAGCUGUUGGAGAGGCACGGAGACCGGCCCGGGGCGCGACUCCUGUCGGACCGAGCCUCGUGCCCCGAGGUGGCCGUGAUGAAUCGCCUCGACUCGAACCCUCGCGCCCAGCAGCUCGCGGUGCCGAGCUCGGCGACCGCGGGCGGCGAACACUCCGAGGCGUCUCCCCUGGCGGACGCCCUGGGGCGGAUGGUGUCCGUGUGCGAGAGCAAAUUCCGGAGCCUCCGAGCUCCGACCGUGAGCCUCCAACUCUCGCUGUUCGGCGGAGAGAGGCGAGGAGGAGGCCCCGAGCGAGGCGGCGGGUGCGGGUUCACGGAAGAGGUGGACAUGGAGGAGGUGGUGGAAGAGUCCACCCACGUCAUCAGCAGCAGCUCCACCAGCGUGACAUCUUACACGCACGCCAAAUUCACGUCCACGCUGCAGGUGCUCAUGCCCUCGCCCAAGGUGGGGCCGAGAAGACUCCUUGAGAGGUCAAACUCACAAGAGGGAGGAUCGGCCCUCCGCUCGCUCAACAGCGGCCCCACCCCGGCCGCUCACCUCUCCCGAGCUCACGAGGCCGAACGUCGCUCCGCCCCCUCCCCCCGGAUCCCCCGGACCCCGCGGAUCCCCUCGGACAUCAUCACCGGCACCAGCCCCCCUCCGCGGGCGCCCCCCCCGACCUCACCUCUGCCGCCACCGAGUUCCAUCUCCUCCGGGGAAGUCGCCGGCAGAGCAUCGGCGGCGGAAAGCCCGCCGCAACAGUCCAACCCCAUCGGCACGGAGAGUCGAAUCCGGAGCUUGUCCUUCGGCAGUAGCGGAGGAGUGACGCCAUUCCAGGUCCUCUCCCUGCGCAAGGGUCUCGAGGAGGGCCAGUCACGAGACGCCGGUCAGACCGGUCUGACCGGUCAGGCUGGGCAAACCACCGGAUACCAGGGACAAUCCUCCUCCUCCGCCACCUCCUCCACCGCCGCCACCUCCUCCACCUUCUCCUCGCUGCCCGCCCAGCAGAAGAGCCACUUGCGCUUUCGUUGCGAUGUGACCAGCGCCCACCGGUCGCGGCUCGGAGCCGACGGCACCUUCUCCUUCUCCACCGUCAGCCUGGACCGACUGCUGGAGGACGACGGCGAUGGCGCCGGCGCCGGGGACACGUGCCGGGUGGGGGGCAGCGACCUGAUCGCACCGGGCAGAGACCGGUCCAUCUCCACCGGCCAACUGGUCUCUCCGAAAAGGGAAGCGCCGGUCCCCCGGGAUGACCGCUCAGCCUCCGGCACUGAUCGGACUGUUCCGAGAAGCGACCGGCUCUCGCCGAGCGGCGACCGUUUCGCCGCACAGAACCGUUUCAUCCCCACCAGCCACCGCACCUCUCCCGCCAGCGACCGGCCAGUCCCCGGAAGUGACCGGCUCUCACCGGACAGCAACCGGUCGGCGCCAGGCAGUGCCCGUGUCGCUCCAGGAAGAGACCGGUUCAUCCCUUCCAGCCACAGGAACUCGACGGCCACUGACCAGCCAACCAGUCGUGACCGGGCAGUCCCGGCAAGGGACCGCUUUAUCCCCACCAGCCACCGGACUUCUUCAGCCAGUGACCGGCCUGCCUCUGCCACCAAUGACCGGCCAGUCCCCGGUAACGACCGCCUCUCACCGGGCAGCAGCCGGUCACCGCCGGGCAAUGACCGUCUGACCCCAAGCGAAGACCGGUUCAUCCCUACCAGCCACCGGUCCCCUCUGGCCAGAGACCGGCCCGGACCGGUGAGUAACCGGCCCACUCCAGCCAGAGACCUACCAGUGUCGGUCGGUGACCGGCCCACUCCAGCUAGAGACCUGCCAGUGUCGGUCGGUGACCGGUCCCCUCCAGCCAGAGACCUGCCAGUGUCGGUCAAUGACCGGUCCCCUCCAGCCAGAGACCUGCCAGUGUCGGUCGGUGACCGGUCCCCUCCAGCCAGAGACCUACCAGUGUCGGUCGGUGACCGGUCCCCUCCAGCCAGAGACCUGCCAGUGUCGGUCGGUGACCGGUCCCCUCCAGCCAGAGACCUACCAGUGUCGGUCGGUGACCGGUCCCCUCCAGCCAGAGACCUGCCAGUGUCGGUCGGUGACCGGUCCCCUCCAGCCAGAGACCUGCCAGUGUCGGUCAAUGACCGGUCCCCUCCAGCCAGAGACCUGCCAGUGUCGGUCGGUGACCGGUCCCCUCCAGCCAGAGACCUACCAGUGUCGGUCGGUGACCGGUCUCCUCCUGCCAGAGACCUGCCAGUGUCGGUCGGUGACCGGUCCCCUCCAGCCAGAGACCUGCCAGUGUCGGUCGGUGACCGGUCCCCUCCAGCCAGAGACCUACCAGUGUCGGUCGGUGACCGGUCCCCUCCAGCCAGUGACCGGCCCCCACCGGUGAGUGACCCAUCCCCUCCAGCCAGAGACCUACCAGUGUUGGUCGGUGACCGGUGCCCUCCAGCCAGUGAACGGCCAGUCCCGGGCAGCGAGCGUCUCGCCACGCUGACCGGUGAGCGGUCCACGCCGGUCAGUAACCAGACGCCAGGGUCGAGGGUCAGGGAGAGUAAACUGAAGGCGCCGGACGCGAGGCCUGACACCGUGUCGAGCCCGGCCAUCGGUCGCGGCAUCCAGGGCGGGCGGAGCAGAGUGCCGGCGGUGGCAGCAGGUGCGGGAGAGACUGGAGGUGGGGCUCGAGGAGGAGAGGGAGAAGCGGUGGAAGGAAUUGGAGGCGGAAGAGGAGGAGCAGCAGGAGAGGGAGGAGGAGAUGGAGGAGUUGGACAAGGAGGAGAGGGAGUAAGGGGAGAAGGAGGUGAAGGAGUAGAAGGAGGGGGAGAGUCUGGCCAGCAGAGCGCCGGCAGGAACAAGAGGACGAGAAGCUUCGCGGAGGAAGUUCCCGAAGGCAGCGGCGUCGGCGCAGCGGGGAGCGCGGGGAGCACGGAGGCCGAGUGGCGCUGCGCACGCCGCCCGGGCCGGCGGAACCCCGGCGCCCGCCCCCACGAAUUCCCCCGGCCGCAGGGGGCACUCUCCGUCUUCUCGCCAGGGGGGCCAGAGGGGACACCGGUGGUGGGGAUCGAGGGGAUAGAGGAGGAGGAGGCGAAGGAGGAGGGGGCCGAGAAGCGGGAGGGGAUCGACGCCGCGACAGCGACGGCGGCGGCGAUGCCGCACUCGGUGCUGAGCGCCAUGCGUGCACCGCGCCUGGCGCAGAGGGCGGCGGCGGCGAGGCGAAUGGGGACCAGCGAGGUUCCCGCUGGGAGGGGGUCCGGUGGGGAGACCCCACUGGACGCGCGGCAGGGCGGAGGGAACAAACGCCCGGCCGAGGAACCGGAGGGAUCGGGAGUUGUGCUCGUCGAUGGACGCGUGGAAAGACCCGGCCCGGAGCUCACGGAGAUCAGGAGCCGGAAGUUUAAACGGGAGUCGUGGCAGCAGUAUCUUCAUCAGCAGAAAGAGCAGCGGGAGAAAGAGCAGCGGGAGAAAGAGCAACGGGAGAAAGGGCAGCGGGAGAUAAGGCAGCAGGUGAAAGGGCAGCAGGUGAAAGGGCAGCAGGCGAUAGGGCAGCAGAAGAUAGGGCAGCAUGAGAAAGGGCAGCAGGCAAAAGGGCAGCAGGAGAAAUGUCAGCAAAAUAAAGGGCAGCAGGAAAUAGGGCAGCAGGACAUAGGGCAGCAGGAGAAAGGGCAGCAUCUUCUGCAGCAGCAGGAUCAGACAGGGCAGCAGCAGAAGAAAGAGCAACAACAGGAUCAGCAGGAGUCUCUGCAGCAACAGCCACAGGACCAUCAACAGCAGCGGGCGAAAGAACAGCAAGACCUUCAGCAGUCGCAACAGCAGCAGAAAGAGGAGCAGCAGGAUCGGCUGCAGGCGCAGCAGAAACAGCAGCAAGAGCAGCAGCUGCAGCCGCCACCGACCUCCGAGGAAGAACCCACGACGAGCCCUUUGCCGACAGGGGUCAAAACCCCAACGAGACGAACCCCCUUCUCAGAGCGCAGCGCCAACACCAACAACUGCUCGGCGCAACAACCUCCUGGGGCUGGCAACAGCAGCAGCAGCGACAACAACAACAACAACAACAAAAGAGCCCAGGAGAACCUCAACAAAAACAACAACGGUGGCGGCGGCAACGGCGGCGGCAACGGAGGGAUCCAGCUGCUGUUCGGAACCCUCGGCAAGGCGUCCAAGCGGGUCGGGGAGGAAGGGGACUGGGCCGAGGCGCCGUGGCGCAUCGCUGGGGUGAGGUCCGUGGACCUCACCCGCGGGUCGCGGCCCGCGGCGGGCGGCAAGAGCGGGGAGGCGGCGGUCGACGCGAAGAGGAGCGACGGCGACGGCGAUGGCGGCGGGACGAACGGCGGGGCGUUGAUCGGCGGCAGGCCGACGCGGCUGGCGCUGGCGGCGUACGCGAGCCGCUACCGCCCGCACGUCUACGAGUUCAUCGUCGCGUCGCGCCGCGCGCUCGACGGCGAGCGCAAGCGGAGGCUGUCGCUGCUGCGCUGCCAAGGCGGCGGCGGCGGCGGCGGCACGGGAGCCGGCGGCGCCGGCGCCAAGGAGAACCGGCUGAGCGGCGCCGACGGGGUGCGGCAGGCGGGCCCCAGGACGUUCCACGCGUCGCUGCACGUCGGCUCGGCCGGCGCGAGGCCCCGCUCGUGCCCCGAGUGCGGAGACGUCACCCCGAGCCCUCUGCGCGACGAGGACCCGGGGUACUCGUUCCCGCCUCCGGCGCCGUCGUCGCAACCGCGGUCGUUGCCGACGCCGCCGACGGCGCCGCAGCGGCAGCCGCUGCCGACGCUGGCGCUGCCCGACGAGCACCUGCGCAGGAUGCGGCACCUCAGCGCCGACGUCUUCCACCCCGAGGCGAGAGGAGGAGGAGGAGGAGGCGACGGCGGGGACGGCGGCGACGAGACGGAGCCCUGCACGGUGCACGUGUUCGACCACACCAUGCUGUGGCCCAGGGAGGACCCGGGCGACAUCGCGCGGCUCCUCGGGGGAGGCCCGCGGGCGACGCGGGGCCCAGGCAGGCCCAGCGCCGCGAGCCGCGACACGGUCCGCGGUGACGACGACGACGACCACGACGAGGAGAUGGCGGAGGUGUUCUCCUGCAGCAGCGCCGUCACCGACACGGACACGACCAUGUCCGAUGAGUACUACGUGUGUGACGACGGAUGCUGGGGAACGCCGGCCCAGCAGCAGCAGCAACAGCAGCAACAGCAGUCAAAGCAGCAGAAGAAGCAACAAUCAAAGAAGCAGCCAAAGCUGCAGCCAAAGCAGCAGCCAAAGCAGCAGCAGCAGUCAAGGCAGCGGCCGAAGCAGCAGGAGUCAAAGCAGCGGCCGAUGCAGCCGCAGCAGCAGAACAAGAAGCAGAAGACCUCGCCGACAGACACGACCGUGGGGUUGGCGUCUCCCAAGGCAUUUCGGGUCGUGAAGGAGACGGAACUUUAGGCGACGGCCGUGUGCAUUUGUCCCUGCAGCAGUAACAAGCGAUAGCAACGAUUGCCGACGUUUUGUGUACAGGCGUCGUCGCCGUUAGCGCAAAUCGCGGAACCAAAAGGGGCCACCGCAGAAUCGGUGAAGCCGCACGUGAAAUCGUGAAAACCACAGCCAGCUGCCAUCAAUUGCCCAAGCUCUGUGGUCCUAUAUUAUUGGGAUGUUUGGUCAGCUCUGAAAGCUCUGUCCACCUCUAGCUCUCUGUCCAUCUAUCUCCAUGUCUCUCCAGGCUUGUGCACCGAUUAAGUGAAUGUACGUGCUGUAUAUAUGCGUAGCGCGUGUGUUAUGUUGUACCUCCGAUUAGCACGGUUGGCUACAUACGGUGCGAAAGGUCAAUGUACAUACGUGCAUACAUGCGUGGGUGUGGUGAGCUGUGACACAGCACUUAGCGUGCUGCAUUAUGAACCCAGUAAACCCGAGUUAGAUUCCCGCUCACGGCCAAAACCAGUGACUAUUAUCUGAACUGGUCCUGGGCUUCCCCUAGAUCGACUGGACCUCAAAAUGAGGAGCUGGUGCGUUGUGUAAGCAUGAGC